GGACCUUGUCCAUUCGCCGCCCACCAUGUCGCGCCCCGAAGAUAUUCUCCCGCCUGAUCUGUUCUACAACGACAAUGAGUCCCGCAAGUAUACAACCUCGUCGCGUAUCCGGAAUAUCCAGGCCGACAUGACCCACCGCGCUCUCGAGCUACUCGACCUGAAAUCUCCCUCCCUGAUCCUCGAUGUCGGCUGCGGCUCCGGCCUAUCAGGCGAGAUGUUGUCCGAAGUUGCCCCCGAAGACGGCGGUCCACACACCUGGGUGGGCAUGGACAUUGCCCCCAGCAUGCUGGACGUAGCCCUGCAGCGCGAAGUUGAGGGCGACCUCUUCCUCGCGGACAUUGGACAGGGUGUCCCCUUCCGACCCGGUACCUUCGACGCGGCCAUUAGUAUCAGUGCGAUCCAGUGGCUGUGCAAUGCGGAAACGAGCGACGUCAGUCCCGAGGGCCGUCUGAAGCGCUUUUUCGAAGGUCUCUACGCGAGUCUGCGCCGUGGUGGACGUGCUGUGUGCCAGUUCUAUCCUAAGAAUGAUAUUCAGCGGAGCAUGAUUAGUGGUGCGGCUAUCAAGGCUGGCUUUGGCGCCGGUAUGCUGGAGGAUGACCCCGGCACUAAGAACAGCAAGCUCUACUUGGUUUUGACUGUCGGUGGUGGUGGUCUGCAGGGUGAUAUUACUGGCGUUGUUAACGGUAUGGAUGAUGUGAACGUGCUUGAUGCGCGGAGGAAGGCUAUGGAGGUGAAUGGUGCGCGGGGUCCGGCUAGGAAGGGUGAUAAGGCUUGGAUCAUGAGGAAGAAGGAGCAGAUGCAGAAGAAGGGCAAGGUCGUCAAGGCCAACUCCAAGUAUACUGGUCGCAAGCGACGCAUCGCCUUCUGAUUGCUCUUGUCCGCCUUUGAAACCCUUUCCCCUCUCCCCGGGUGGUCAUCUCGAUCACCCGGCUGGCUAUGCCUUCCUAGGAGCGCGUGGCCAUUCAAAAUGUCCUGUGAUACCCUUUUCUUUCCAGCCGAUAACGAUACCCUCCACAUGUCGACAAUGAGGCAAGGGAACUGACAGUCACGUCAUGGAGCAUUCCAGAAAUACUCCUUGACCUGGUUCUUCCUUUAGAGAUUCACAUACCGUGAACCGUGACCCGUGAUCAUUGGACGUAUACUCUCGCCUCGGCCAAAGUCGGCCAUUGUGUGCUUGGUUCCUGUCUACUCAAAAGUUUCUCGUGUUGGUGCUAUUAUGUACCAAGUCAUGCCUAUGCCUAAACUUUCUAGAGAAAUACAAUUAUUUGAUGAAUCGUUG